GGCCUAGCGGGGAAGCAGGGCCAAUCAGCGGCGGCGUUGCUUUUGCGGCUCCACGUCGGCACCAGCUGCGGGGCAAGAUGGAGGCGCUGAUCUUGGAACCCUCCCUGUAUACUGUCAAAGCCAUCCUGAUUCUGGACAAUGAUGGAGAUCGACUUUUUGCCAAGUACUAUGACGACACCUACCCCAGUGUCAAGGAGCAAAAGGCCUUUGAGAAGAACAUUUUCAACAAGACCCAUCGGACUGACAGUGAAAUCGCCCUCUUGGAAGGCCUGACGGUGGUAUACAAGAGCAGUAUCGAUCUCUAUUUCUAUGUGAUUGGCAGCUCCUAUGAAAAUGAGCUGAUGCUCAUGGCUGUUCUGAAUUGCCUCUUUGACUCAUUGAGCCAGAUGCUGAGGAAAAAUGUAGAAAAGCGAGCUCUGCUGGAGAACAUGGAGGGGCUCUUCUUGGCCGUGGAUGAAAUUGUAGACGGAGGGGUGAUCCUAGAGAGUGAUCCCCAGCAAGUGGUACACCGGGUGGCAUUAAGGGGUGAAGAUGUCCCCCUCACGGAGCAGACCGUGUCUCAGGUGCUGCAGUCAGCCAAAGAACAGAUCAAGUGGUCACUCCUUCGGUGAAGACCUCACUGUUCCUGGCUCCUCACCCCCUCAAAAAAUCCACACGUCUGCUGUGACUUCUCAUCCAGUCCCCCAACUGAUGCUCUCAGGGUCAUCUCGGGGAUCACAAGGGAUCCUUAAAUCUCCAUUCUGUCUGUGAUUGCUCCCCAAACCCCCACGUAUACAUCCUCUUCUGUCUCUGUUUUUGCAGUCUGGGAGCAAAGCUCCCAGCAGAUUCAAGCGUAGGGUAAGGGAAGCACCCUUUUCCUUUUUACACCAGAUUUUGCUCAUGCUCUCCUACCCCCCAUAUUUUCUUCUCAACUCCUGUGCCCUCUGCUGCAGUUACACUUGAGAUCAAAGCAGGAGAAAGAAUGUGCUGAAUGUUUUCCUCCCUUUGCCUUUACUGGGCCUUUUUCCCAACAGCCCAUAUGUUAGCAAGGGGAGGGGGAGCGAGAAUUCUUUUCUAUAGGAUGAGUGGGGGUGGCAUAUCCCGGCUAAGCCACAGCCCCACUUAGUGGCCUCCGCAUUUCCUCCCAUUCCUUCUUACUGCCCUGUCCUCCAGCCUUGGAUAAAAAAAGAUUGCUGGUUUUCUCAUGGGCAGGGGACAGAGUGGAAGACGCAGGGAUUUACAGUUUAUUGGAUAGGGCUUAUAAAAUUCUGUAUUUCAGUCGCAGCUGCAUUCUUUACCCUGAUCCUGGCUCAUAGCUUCAGAGCCACUGUGGUUUGUGAGUGUUCACUGCCGUGUCUGUCCCCUGGCCCACUCCCUCGACUCUCCAGCGUCAUGACCCGUGGGAUUGACCCGUGGGAUCCCAGCCUGGCUCGUCCUCGCUGUGCCCUGGAGCAAAGCCAGUCCCCCGACCUAAAACUCCAUUUUAGUCUUGGGAAGGAGAGUUUUUGCUCAGAACUGGGGCGGGGGACAGAUUUAUGACUGGGCCUCUGGCCUCUGGCCUCUGGCCCCCGGCUUCCCCACAUGCUCUUCCCCUGCCUCGGGUCUUCCUCCUCUGUGCCUCAGCCUUACAUCCAGGCAGUAGGUCUGGGCUCUUUCCCUCCCUAGGCCGCUGAGAGAGGUGCCUUUCUUCAGAAAACCUUUGGGAUUUGGAUUUCCCCAGGAAGAUGGAGGCUGGAACACCCACUCUUGGGUCUAAUCUUUCCCCUUGACCCAAAGCUUCCCACAAAAAUGUCUCAAAAAAACCUUCCUGAGACUCCAGCCUUCCGUCCCACCCGCUACCUGCCAGUUCUCCAAGACUGAAGUGGGGCGAGUAACGGGGCUUCUUUGAGGGGGCAUUUUUGGGUCAGAGAGGUCUGGAGUGGGCAGAUAGCCACCUUCGCAUCCUGCUCUGUGCAAAGAGGAAUAAAACCGAUUUCUUUUUCCA